AUGCCGUCCAUUUUAUAUUCAACAACAUGUUUUAUCAAAGCCGAUCUCUACCGUUUACGUAUCUAUGUUGAUAAUCAGAACACUCUUGAAGAAAGUGUACCAUCUGCAACUGAUUCACUUGACUUCACCGCGACCGACAUUCCAAUUACGUGUAUCAAACCUUCGUUCACUCGAUUGCAUCUUCAAUCAUUAGAAGACAAGAGAACGAUUCGAAACAUUCCUGAAACGAUUGCUCUCAAUCAUUUAUUGAACGUUAAACAAACGACAUCAUCACCGAGGAAAAUUCAUAAAAGCUUCUCUCAAAGUCUCCAAGCAACGACGUCUAUCAAUGCAUCGUCGGAAAGAACGACACCAUCGCUCGAACAGUCUCAAGAUUCAACUCGUGUGACAUUGUCUUCGAAUAAUUCCGAAAUGAAAUUCAAACGUGGACAAUUCAGUUUUCGACGUCUUUUCCCUUCAUUAUCCACUCAAAAUAGUGAAGCCGUUCUAUUAGUCAAAACAUCAAUUAAAAUCGACUAUGUGGAUGUUUCCAAUUCAAUUAGAUGGAAUACGAAAACGUUAGAAUUAGAAUUGGAAACUGAAGAACUUGCCAAUGAAUUGUAUGCCAAUUUGAAUCUUUGUUUAUCAACAUUAACACAACGACCACGUCGGUUGUUAGCCUUUGUUAAUCCAUUAUCCGGCAAAGGUCAUGCCCGUGUUGUCUACGAUAAGAAAGUUCUCCCAAUUUUUCAACAAGCAAAUAUAGCUGUUCAAACAAUCUACACCGAUCGUGCAAAUCAUGCUCAAGACCAUAUUAUUAAUGAACCACUUGACGAAUACGAUGGUCUGAUAUGUGCCGGCGGUGAUGGCAUGUUUGCUGAACUAUGCCAUGGACUGUUGUUACGCACGGCACGUGAUAGAGAAAUCAAUAUUGAUGAUCGACAAGUGAAUAUUAUCCGACCGAAUUUACGAAUUGGAAUUAUACCAGCUGGUUCCACUGAUGCGGUCGUGUUCGGAACGACAGGUUUGAACGAUCCGGUGACAAGUGCAUUGCAAAUCAUUGCAGGAGAAUCAUUGCCGAUCGAUAUAACGACGGUUCAUAAUGAAAGUGGUUUUGUUCGUUUCAUGGCGACAAUGCUCGCAUACGGAUUUUUUGGUGAUAUCAUACAUCAGUCAGAUAGGUGGCGUUGUCUCGGCCCAUUACGAUACGAUCUCGCUGGAUUUUGUCAGUUUGUUCGUAAUACAUCAUAUCACAGUGAAUUAACAAUAACAUUAUCACCUCACGACUCAGCUCGAAUGUGUCAUACGCAAGCAGCGACAUCAUUGAAUAGCGUCGGAGGAACAUCAUCUGUUGCGCCGGAUUAUCAACGAUUGAUCAAUUCGAGUAGUCUAUCAUUAAUCGAUGAAAGUUUGAAGAAUAAAUCAAUGGAUACGAUUAAUAAAAUUGUUACACCUAAUGUAACAUUUUGUAGUCGUAAUUGUGUACUCUGCGCCGAAGAAAAAGCUGAUCCCGAAAAAGUCCAUUCAUCCUUGCAAAUCAAACGCGAAGGCAGAUAUACAACUGUGAAUUGUCUUAAUAUGCCAUGCCGUUGUGCCAAAAGUAAAUAUGGCAUGUCGCCAUUCGUUCAUUUAGGUAAGAUGACACUUGGGAAGCAAGAAUCGAUGUUUGCAUUCGGCAUUCGUUUAGGUGAUGGAACAUUUGAUUUGAUUUUGGUUAAACGUUCAUGGCGCACCGGUUUUCUUCGCUUUCUUUGGCAAGUUGCGAAUGAUAGUCGAACAAUCGAAGACUUACCGCAUGUUGAAAAGUAUCGUGUCAGUGAAGUUCUCAUACGUCCAAUAAAUACAGGUCGAAAACGUGGAGGCAAUUGGUCUUGUGAUGGUGAAUUAAUCAAUGGAAACGAAAUUCAGGUUCGUGUCCAUCGGCAAGCACUGAAUCUGUUUGCAUCGGGUAUUCAAUUUGCUGAGCAUCAAAAAGCGGAAAAUCUUAAAAAGCCAGCUAAUCUCUGGUUUCCAUGUUUUCGAACGAAGAAAAACAUCAAGUACGAAGAAUCAAAUUCUUUUUGA